AAUUUCAAAGAUGUCUGCUAUCAGCCGUAGACUUUGUCUUAAACAUUUUCAAACUUCAUACAACGUUGGAAAACGCUUUAUAAGUUCAGAAGGAACAAUGAAAAACAUUAUUACUGAACGUAUGGGAAGCGUUUUUCUUGUAUCAAUCAACCGUCCCGAUAAAAGAAACUGCGUUAAUCCAGAAGCGGCUGAUGAAUUGUCAACAGCUUUCCGACAAUUUGAAAAAGACGAUACAUUAUCCGUCGCAGUGCUGUAUGGAAAGGGUGGCAACUUUUGCGCUGGCUAUGAUCUAAAAUCUUUAUCUAAAGUUGACGAAUCAUUUCAGUUGCCAGACCAUGAAAGUGGCUAUGGGCCACUGGGACCAACAAGGAUGCUCUUUAAAAAGCCUGUAAUUGCUGCUGUCUCUGGUUAUGCAGUAGCUGGAGGAUUGGAACUAAGUUUAAUGUGCGAUAUGAGAAUCGCGGAUGAAACGGCUAUUUUUGGAGUUUUCUGUCGGCGAUUUGGUGUUCCCCUAAUUGACGGAGGAACUGUACGAUUGCCAAAGCUAAUUGGAUUAUCAAGAGCUAUGGAUAUGAUAUUAACUGGACGGCCGAUAGAUGCUAAAGAAGCUUUAAGUUUUGGUCUUGCCAAUAGAGUGGUACCUGUAGGUACUGCAGUUGGUGAAGCAGUAAAAAUCGCUCAACAAAUCAGCAAAUUCCCUUCAAAGUGUAUGAAAGCCGAUAGAACCAGCGCUUAUUACACUACAUAUGCCGCUCGCGACUUUAGAGAUGCCGUAACAUACGAAUGGGAUCAUUCCGUUGGUGUAGUACUUGAGGAAUCUGUUAAAGGAGCUCAAAAUUUCGUCAGUGGUGAAGGUCGUAAGGGAAAUUUCGAUUUGAAAGAAUCAAAAUUAUAG